AUGCAGGCCCGAGACAAGAUCACAAAGAUGAUUGAAACGAGGUUGCAUGCAAUCCAAGUUCGUCCGCUGAAAUCACACUCUUUCCCAACACUUCAACUUCUCAAUGGCUCCGCCGCUCAUCAGAAAGAGAAGAGCUCCCUUGUUCUUACGACUUGCAUAUCUCAUGUCUGCCUACAAAAGGUCAAGUAUCCGCCGCAUCAACAAGCCUCGGAAAACAAAGCCGUAAAAAGCUCGACGCGGCAUGGAAAGCAACCUCGUCAAAAGCUAAUGAUGAUCGACUUACCACCUGAAAUGCACCACAUGAUUGUCGACCAUCUCGACCUCAUCGACGGUACAUGUCUCGGUCUGGUGAACAGUUACUUCUAUAGCCUCCACCAACGACGCCACGGCCGCGUUCAUCUCUCCACAGGGCGUCCGGGGCCCAACGACCAGGAAUGGGCAUGGCGAUCAUCAUUCGCAUUGCCAAACUCCAAGUCCAUCAUCACCUCGACGACGACCAUCGCCGAGCCUCAGAGCGACGGAACAUGUACCCAUGCGCCAUCGUUAUCCCAGCCACAACAGCCCUUCUGGUGCGACAAGUGUAGACUCGAACGCUGUGAACUCCAACGACACAUCAGACAGUGGUUUCCCCGAGGCCACGAAUACUGUUCCGUCUCUGGAAAGUAUGUCAACAUAGAGGGCUGUAGAGAGAAAGAAGCCUUUUGUAACAGGCGCUCCCCCAGAAAUCCCCGCUUAUGUGGGAAGCAUCACGCGAAGUCAGGCACUCAUUCAUGA